AUGUCUAAUAUUCAUAGUGAGUCAGAAUCAACUGAUGAAAAUACGAUCUUACCAAGUGAAGCUGAUAGCCCAAAGACAAUUACCGAUCUUGAAGAUGAGUCCGCAUCAAUGAACGUGAUCUUCGAAGAAAUCUACCCAAUUAGUUCCAAAUGCAAUCAAUACAAGGAAGCAACCAAUUAUGACACAUUACUAUCUGAUCAACUGUUAAAAGCCCAAGAGCCUUUAUAUUCAGACACUGUUUCUACGUAUUGCACUACAUCAAUAACAUCACCUUUUACAUCGAUUUUGGAGCCUUCUAUUUUAACAGAGAAAAAAAUUGAUGGGCACAUAACGCGUAAAGUUGAUGUAAGAGAAGCAAAACGUUAUUCGAGCGACAAUGAGAGUUGUUCUACUUUUAGAGAUUCUUCAGAUAAUGAAGCUAACAUUCAUAAACGAAAAAAAAAUAAAGUUAGCGAUAACACUAUUCGUACAAGCUUCCAGCGCAAUUUAUCUUCUGCUAUUCCUAUAUCUUCAACAGCUGACAAUACAAAGUAUAAAUACCGACAACCUGAAGUUCAAUCAUGUUCAAAAUAUAGAACAGUUAUUAAAUUUAGUAAAUCAAAUUUUGAAAUAAGGAGUUAUUUUGUACCGGGAAACGAAGAUUGGAAAAAGUUAAAUAUGUCAUUGUAUAAUUUAGAUCUUAAUAAAGUAAGUAGAUCACAUAAGGAAGCCGAAAUAGAAACUUCAUCUAGUUCUGAUUUCUCUAAAACAUCAAACAAUUCGCAAUUUUCGAAUUCAUCUCAAAUUUCAAGUAAACAAAAAUAUUUCAAACCGUCUGAAAAUGAUUGGAAAAGAUUACAAUGGUCAGUAGAUGAAUCAAAUUGGAAUACUAAUGAGAGUUUAUUUGUGAACACUGACGACAUUGUAGAUAUGAAAUUAUCCGCAUAA